AUGUGUGUAAAUGAGGGGAAAGAAGCAUUGGCUAGAAAACAGUUCCUUGAGAUAUUUAGGAGCAAGAACUUGGGACUUUUUCAACCAAAAAAGGACCAGUGCGAUACUUGCAUUGGAUAUAAACAAAAGCAUGUAUCUGAGGAAAUAUAUGCAGGACAUGUAAAGCGUAAGGACGAGAAAAGAGAGCAGAAAAAACUGGAAAAAGAGAAAGCAAUCAGAGGAGAGCAGCUAACAUACACAAUGGAUUUACAGGCCGUGAAGCUAUCCCCAAUGUUGGAAGCUAGCGCUCUUUAUUAUAAAAUGAAAUUAUGUGUGCAUAAUUUCACACUUCACAACAUUGCUACAAAAGAUGUCACUUGCUAUUUAUGGAACGAAAGUGAAGGUGGUCUUGUAGCAGCAGUUUUUGCCAGCUGUGUGAUAGAUUUCCUUGAAAAAGAAGUAGAAAAGCACAGGGCUGAUUCGGUGAUGAUUAUUAGCGAUAGUUGCACAUACCAGAACAGGAAUGCUGUUUUGGGAAAUGCACUUCUGAAGUUUGCUGUGGAUAAGAAAGUCAUAAUAACUCAGCAUUAUCUUGAAAAAGGUCAUACUCAAAUGGAGGUCGAUAGCGUACACAGUACCAUUGAGGGAAAACUGAGAAACAAGGAAGGCUACCUUCCAUCCGAUUAUGCCAGAAUCUGUAGAGAAGCUAGACCAAAGCAGCCUUAUCAAGUUCAUUACUUGGAUCACCAAGUAUUUCUCAGCUCUUCAUUAUGUUCCAUCUGUUAG